AUGCGUUUCUCCCUCGCUGCUUUGGCCACUCUCCUAAUGGCUGGCGUUGCCUUCGCUGCCCCCUCGCCUGCUGGCGAUUCUAGCAGUCCAGCCAACCCUGUCGACAAACCGGCCGAUGAGUCGCACAGUGAUCCUGGUGGGCACGAUCAGUACGAUUCCCAUCACGGCAAGCAUGAUGAUCAUGAUCCCCAUCAUGGCAAGCAUGAUGAUCACGACCAUGAUGUCUAUAUCGACAAGUUGAACUAUGUCACCAACAACUACUACUGUAUCGAUGACCACCAUCUGCUGGAUCUGAGCUUGCUCUCCAGUGGUGAUGAGUGUGCUAGGGGCGCUCUUCUCGACCUUGGACUUCUCUAG